GAUGCUGUUACCUCCCUCGGUGGUGAUGUCACCGGCUCAGUGGAGCUCGAGCAUCCUUGCCAAAGACAGGGAGACAACAGAGCCAUUUUGACCGCCUCGAAGCGUGAAAAAAGCGGCCGACCAUCCAAACAACUGAACGGCCACCUUCCUUCCUGGGUCGCCGCUGGCAAGGCUGGUCAGAGGUGGGUGCGUGGGUGCAAGGCAAGACCGUCGGCGGUAACCUCAGCCCUUCCUCGUUUGCAUGGAGAGGAGAGGCUGUUAGCAGGGGCAGUGCCAGACCUGGAGGAGACCGGAGCAGGUGAAAGUAGCUACGGAGCUGGAUAAUAAAACGAGCACGACAAACUCGGUCUCUACACGAUAGCAAGACGUUAUUGGCACUGCAGAGACCUGCAGGCCCUACACCUGGGCACUAAAGAAGGCACCCCGGGGUGCUAGGAAGACAGCACCAUGGCAGGGGCCUCUGUGAAGGUGGCGGUGCGUGUCCGCCCUUUCAAUUCAAGGGAGAUUGGAAAAGAGAGCAAAUGCAUCAUUCAGAUGUCUGGAAACACCACCACCAUCAUCAACCCCAAGCAGGCCAAAGACAACAAGAGCUUCAACUUUGAUUACUCCUACUGGUCCCACACCUCGCCCGAGGAUGUCAAUUAUGCCUCUCAGAUGAGAGUAUACAAAGACAUUGGAGAGGAAAUGUUGCUGCACGCCUUCGAGGGCUACAAUGUCUGCAUCUUUGCUUAUGGUCAGACAGGUGCUGGCAAGUCCUACACCAUGAUGGGGAAACAGGAUGUCAAGGAUCAACAAGGAAUCAUUCCCUUGCUGUGUGAAGAUCUUUUUACUAAGAUCAGUGACAAUACAGACAACAGCAUGUCCUACUCUGUGGAGGUGAGCUACAUGGAAAUCUACUGUGAACGUGUACGAGACUUGUUGAACCCCAAAAACAAAGGGCAUCUCCGUGUAAGAGAACAUCCUCUGAUGGGACCCUAUGUGGAGGACCUGUCCAAGCUGGCUGUCACCUCCUAUAAUGACAUCCAGGACCUAAUGGACUCUGGCAAUAAGGCCAGGACUGUGGCUGCCACCAACAUGAAUGAGACAAGCAGUCGCUCACAUGCUGUAUUUAACAUCAUAUUCACUCAGAAACGCCUUGAUGCUGAGACUGACAACACCUCUGAGAAGGUCAGCAAAAUAAGUCUGGUGGAUUUGGCCGGCAGUGAGAGGGCAGAUUCUACUGGAGCCAAAGGGACAAGGCUGAAGGAAGGAGCAAAUAUCAACAAAUCUCUAACUACACUGGGGAAGGUCAUCUCUGCUUUGGCAGAAAUGGACUCUGGGCCAAAUAAGAAUAAAAAGAAGAAAAAAGCUGAGAGCUUCAUCCCCUACAGAGAUUCUGUUUUGACCUGGCUACUGAGAGAAAAUUUGGGGGGGAAUUCUCGUACAGCAAUGGUAGCUGCCCUGAGUCCAGCUGAUAUCAACUAUGAUGAGACCCUCAGCACACUCAGGUACGCAGACCGCGCCAAACAGAUUCGCUGUAACGCUGUCAUCAAUGAGGAUCCCAACAACAGAUUGGUGCGUGAGCUGAAGGAGGAGGUGUCUCGUCUGAAAGAUCUCCUCUACGCCCAGGGUCUGGGUGACAUCAUUGAGACAUAUCGAGCAUCUGGUGCUGAGAUAGAGGGUUUGAAAUACGUAUCCGAUUACAAGAACAAUAACAAUAAAGCCCAAGCUGUGAAUCAAAGGGAUGAUCUCUCCACAGUGACCAAUGCCAUGACGGGGAUGAGUCCCUCUCCGUCUCUCUCAGCCUUGUCCAGCCGUGCUGGAUCCAUUGCCAGUCUGCACGACCGUAUUAUGUUCAGCCCAGGCAGCGAGGAGGCCAUCGAGAGGUUGAAGGAAACAGAGAAAAUCAUUGCUGAACUCAAUGAAACUUGGGAAGAGAAACUUCGCCGAACAGAGGCCAUUAGAAUGGAAAGAGAGGCCUUGCUGGCAGAAAUGGGUGUAGCAAUGCGAGAAGAUGGCGGUACGGUUGGUGUGUUCUCCCCUAAGAAGACACCUCAUUUGGUGAACCUCAAUGAGGAUCCUCUGAUGUCUGAGUGCCUGCUGUACUACAUUAAAGAUGGGAUUACCAGGGUCGGUCGUUUAGACGCCAGCAGUCGUCAGGACAUAGUCCUCAGUGGCCACUUCAUCAAGGAUGAGCACUGCACCUUUUCUAGUUCUCCUGGUCCAGUGGGAGAAACAGUGGUUGUCCUAGAGCCUUGUGAGGGAGCUGAGACUUAUGUCAAUGGAAAGAGAGUGACAGAGCCCACUGUCCUCAAAUCAGGAAAUCGCAUCAUCCUUGGGAAAAGCCAUGUGUUCCGGUUUAACCACCCUGUGCAGGCUAGGGCUGAGAGGGAGAGGACACCCUGUGCUGAAACACCUGCUGAGCCUGUGGACUGGGCCUUUGCCCAGAGGGAGCUGCUGGAGAAACAGGGCAUUGACAUGAAACAGGAAAUGGAACAGAGGCUCCAGGAGUUGGAGGACCAGUAUCGCAAAGAAAGAGAGGAGGCCAACAAUCUCCUGGAACAGCAAAGACUGGAUUAUGAGAGCAAGCUGGAAGCUCUUCAGAAGCAAGUGGACCGUUAUUACCCAGAAGCCACUGAGGAAGAGGAGGAGCCAGAAGAAGAAGUGCAAUGGACAGAGAGGGAGAGAGAGCUUGCUGUGUGGAGCUUUCGUAAGUGGAGGUGCUACCAGUUCACCUCUCUCCGUGACCUGUUAUGGGGAAAUGCCAUCUUCCUUAAGGAGGCCAAUGCCAUCAGUGUGGAACUCAAAAAGAAGGUCCAAUUCCAGUUUGUGCUGUUGACAGACACUCUCUACUCCCCCCUGCCUCCUGAUCUGUCGCCCCCAGAGGCAACUAAAGACAGAGAGAAGCGACACUUCCCACGUACCAUUGUGGCUGUGGAGGUGCAAGAUCAGAAGAAUGGAGCCACCCACUACUGGACAUUAGAAAAACUACGACAGAGGCUCGACCUCAUGAGAGAGAUGUAUGACCGCGCAGCUGAUGUGCCCAACAAUACCACCGAGGACUGUGAAAAUGUGAUGACUGGAGGCGACCCCUUUUAUGACCGCUUCCCCUGGUUCCGUCUGGUUGGCAGAAACCCAAUUUUCAACACAUGCAUGAGCGAGCGCAUGAGUGACCCUACCCCAUCCCCGACCCUCUCCAACUCUGAAAUAACUGAGCUGGCUGACUCGCAGCGUGAGGGUCGAGGGGAGGAGGAGGAUUUGGAGGAGUUGGAGGACCUGGACGAUGAUAUCUUUUUGGACGACCCGUGCUCCGAGCUCGGGGGAGAGGAUGAUGAUGAUGAUGAUGAUGAUGAUGAUGAUGAUGAUGAUGAGGGAGAGCUCUGCCGAGGCUCCAGCGAAGGCCAGGAUCCCUUUUACGACCGCUCACCAUUAUUCAGUGUAGUGGGAAGGGCUUUUGUUUAUCUCAGUAACCUGCUGUACCCAGUUCCUCUCGUCCACCGUGUGGCCAUCGUCAGUGAGAGAGGAGAGGUAAAAGGCUUCCUCCGAGUGGCAGUGCAGGCCAUAUCAGCGGAUGAAGAAGCUCCCGACUACGGUUCAGGAGUAAGGCAGUCAGGCACUGCCAAAAUCUCAUUUGAGGAUCAGCAAUAUGAAAAGUUUCAGUCAGAAUCCUGCUCUGUGGGACUGUCCCGUACAGGGAUUUCCCAGGAGGAACUUCGUAUUGUGGAGGGGGAGGGGCAGAAUGCAGAAGUGGGACCCUCAGCUGAUGAGGUCAACAACAACACAUGUGCGGCUGGUGCAGACGAGCUUGAAAAUCCUCUGAAGGCUGGUCUGGAGGGCUCAUUAGAUGCUCUGGAGCACCUCAGGAUUGGUAAUAUUUUUACCUUCAGGGUAACUGUCCUGCAGGCUUCUAGCAUCUCUGCAGAGUAUGCUGACAUCUUCUGCCAGUUCAAUUUCAUCCACCGCCAUGAUGAGGCCUUCUCUACUGAACCCCUAAAAAACACAGGCCGUGGCCCACCUCUUGGCUUCUACCAUGUGCAGAAUAUUGCCGUUGAAGUUACUAAAUCCUUUGUUGACUACAUCAAGACUCAGCCAAUUGUGUUUGAGGUGUUUGGACACUACCAGAAACAGCCUUUCCUUCCUCUCUGCAAAGACGUCAUCAGUCCCCUUCGACCCUGCAGAAGACAGUUCCCACGAGUGAUGCCUCUGUCCAAACCAGUACCUGCCACCAAGCUGACAGCCAUGACCCGCCCACAGGCAGGACCCCGCCACUGUAAAUAUGAUCUCAUGGUAUUCUUCGAGAUCUGUGAACUGGAGGCCAAUGGAGAUUACAUCCCUGCAGUGGUGGACCACAGAGGAGGAAUGCCUUGCCAUGGCACAUUCCUACUGCACCAGGGCCUUCAGAGGAGAAUUACUGUUACCAUCGUACAUGAAACAGGAGAUGACAUGGAAUGGAAGGAAGUUCGUGAACUUGUUGUUGGACGUCUCCGCAACACCCCUGAAGCUGAUGAAACCAUCGUUGACCCCAACAUUCUCUCCCUCAACAUCUUGUCUGCUGGGUAUGUCAUGCCCCUGCAGGAUGACAGACAGUUUCUUGAUUCGGACAUGCCUAGGACCUUCUUUCGCUUUGAGGCUGCUUGGGAUAGUUCCAUGCACAACUCUCUGCUACUAAACCGAGUCACUCCAUAUGGGGAGAAGAUCUACAUGACCCUAUCAGCAUAUCUGGAGAUGGAGAACUGCACCCAGCCUGCUGUCAUAACCAAAGAUAUCUGCAUGGUGUUUUACUCUCGAGACACAAAGCUCUCAGCCUCCCGCUCUAUUCGCAACCUUUUUGGUACUGGAAGCCUGAGAGCGGCAGAUGGAAACCGUGUAACUGGAGUUUAUGAGGUCAGCUUAUGUAACCUGGCAGAUGCAGGAAGCCCAGGUAUGCAGAGGAGACGCAGGCGGGUGCUGGACACCUCAGUGGCCUACGUCCGUGGGGAGGAGAACCUGGCUGGGUGGAGGCCCCGCAGUGACAGCCUCAUUCUAGACCACCAGUGGGAGCUGGAGAAACUCAGCCUACUUCAAGAUGUGGAGAAGACCAAACAUUACCUGUUGUUGAAAGAGAAACUGGAGUCUACCCUGCUCAUGGGCCAGGAGUCCCUGCAGUCCUGUGUCACUGAGGACCUGAGUGAGUCUCCUCAGCCCCCCGACGUUGACCAGGAGGUCAGCUCCAGCUCUGAAAUCACCACUGACAGGCAGAGGGAGCUCGCUGCCAAGUGCUUGCGGCUGCUCACCCACUCCUUCAACAGAGAAUACAGCCAUGUGUGUGUCAGCGCCAGUGAAAGCAAGAUCUCAGAGAUGUCUGUCACAACGUUAAGAGACUCCACUUCUAUCUCUGCUCUCAACACAAUCACGCCCUCUUCAACAUGCCCUUCACUGAUUGAAGGUUGCUAUAGUAACGCUGAACUCAGACCACCUAUGCCUCGCUCUCGUGCUGUCAGCCCCAGUCCUGACACACAGCAGGACGCAGAGGCCAAGAAGUCCAUCAAUGGAGCCUCUGACACUAAGCCUCGCCCCCGCAAAUUUGUCCCUGAUAUCCAGGAGAUUAGAGUCAGCCCUAUUGUGUCAAAGAAGGGCUACAUACAUUUCUUGGAGCCACACACCAACGGAUGGGUGAAGCGCUACGUUGUGGUGCGGCGGCCAUACGUCUACAUCUACAACACAGAAAGAGAUGCUGUGGAGCGGGCUAUUCUCAAUCUCUCCUCUGCUCAGGUGGAGUACAGUGAGGACCAACAGGCAAUGCUGAAGACCCCAAACACAUUUGCUGUGUGUACAGAACAUCGUGGAAUAUUGCUUCAAGCCACUAAUGACAAAGAAAUGCAUGACUGGCUGUAUGCAUUUAAUCCACUCCUUGCUGGAACUAUCAGGUCAAAGCUGUCGAGAAGAAGAGCCGGACAGAUGAGGAUGUGAAACAAAACCCUGAACAAAUUUCAUGAGAGAAGGAUGAACGCAAAGACUUAUAUGUACAUAGAUCCUUGUCCUUAUCCCUUCCCCUGUGCUGAGCCCCGUCCCCACUGCCACUGUCACCAACAGUCAUCUUUCCCCUGUACGUUCUCAGUUUAUCACUAGUGUCCUCUGCACCUAAAGCGCCCAUUUUGUGUCAGGCCUUUGCUGCGGUGUGAGUCUCGUAGUCUGAAGAACCUCUUCAAAAAGCUGUCACUGUACUGUACUGAAGUUUAUUCAUAGCUGGAAGAAGGACAAAAAUGGAGGAAGUAGCAACAGUUUCUUAUCUCAGAUUACAUACGUAUGGUAAUGUACUGUAGUUGUUGUCAGUGACACAUCAAGCCUUAUACAUUUAUUCCUUAAAAAAUGCAGUGACAUUUAUCUUACCUGAAGCUGCCAUGUCAGUGAGGAUCACAUUGCUACAUUUGCAUCAGUAAAUCUUCUCUACUCUGCUCUACAGCUAUAUAUACAGUGUCUAAACUGGUUUGCAUACAAAAUACAGCAAAAAAAAAAAAACAUGCUAAAAGAAAAAAAUGACAGUUGAGUGUAACUCUUCAGAAUAUCUCUCUCUUCUUUCUGGUCCAUGAAUCCUGACAUUGAGUAAUCUGCCUCCUAUUCCUAAAAUUUACUUAGAAACUUUAGCACACACAGCCUGGCAAAGGAAUGGCAUAUCAUCAUAAACUUCAUGUUCUUGUGGCAUUUUGAUAAAUCCAUGUUGUUUUAGCUACUUGUAGGAGCACUGUGGGUAUCUCCAUUCACAUGUUAAGUAAUCAGAUAUCAUCCUAUUUAUUCCUCCCAAAUUAAAUCUCAGUCUCUACCCGAAUUUUAUUUGUUUUAAAAUGUGAUAUAUUUAGAUAUUUAACAGCUUUAUUAUUUAUUUCUGCAUGUAUUUAUUUACAAAGACAUUUAUAUUUCUAAAGUAGUAGUACAGUGCAAUUUCUGCACACUGCACUUUUUAAUAUAAGUUCCUUAAAUGUUUGAAUAAUAUGACCCUGUUCCCAUGCAAUUAAUGCUGUUGAAUCAGUUCAGUAACUUUAUGAUUGGCCAUCUUUACCUGAUUGCCUAAAUAACAGUAUCCAAGAUCAGGAUAGUCACACCUGACCAACUAACAUACAUCUGACAAGAUCAAUAUAUUAGGUAGAGAAUAUUAAGGUGGUCACAACUGCACAAAGCUACCUUGUUAAUGAGUAAAAGUAUAAACUGAUCCUCACAGUACAGAAGAAGAAUCUGGUUGUCUGAAUGAAAUGUAUAUUGAUUAAAUGUAGUGCCUCUCUUUUCAGUCAUACUGUAUAGGGAUACUGUACAGUAUGCCUCUGCACCAGUUGCUUUGAAACUACAUCCUUCAUGCUGCUAUAAUACUGUUCUGGAAGUGUCUGCAGAUAAUAUCAUCACUUUCCUACUUUUCAUCAUCAUCACUUACAUAUUCCGAAAAAAUGUCUCAUUUACAGUGAUGUUUGAUUUCUAAUAUGACGCUAUACAAUAUGGAAAGUUCCGUAACACACAGUAUACUCAAUUUUUAUACAUGCAGAAACCUUGUAUGGAUUGCCAGUAAACACAUGGCUAUAUUUGUUAAACAGUAAUGCUUUGAAUGGAAAAAAGCAAUCAAUGCUGCUGACAGUGUCAGAGUGCAGCUGCAAAACUCUGCUCUUGUUCCUUUUCAACUCUUUCAGCUGAUCGUUGAUGAAAAAUGCUGCUGUUUGAUGGAUGAGCAUGUCUCAGGUCAGCCAGCCUAGAGACCAUGUUCCAUGACAGCAGUGACAUGUAGCUUGUGUUUAAGAACAGCACCUUAAAGCAUUUAACCAUUGCAAAAGACUUCCAUAUCUAUAGCGCAAUAAAUUUUAGUGUGGGAUUUAACUGUAACAGAACUUCAGUAUGUUUCUAUUUCUGCUUCUAAUGUAAUCCAUACAGUACUUUACUCUACUAAAAGCAUAUUUCCUGAGACUGGAAAGUAUUCUGUGUGUUGUGGACAUAUUUUUUGAAGUUCUACAAUCAAAACAUUUUACAACCAUACAUGUGUUUACAACUGCCGUAAGUUGUAAGUUAAUCAGUCAAAUGUCUGUUCAUAUCUUUAGUUUGCUGUGUAACAAGUUGGGUGAUCAAUGUAGUGAUCAAAAUCUAUCACAGACCUUCUUGGCAGAGACUGCAGUUGUAUUUUAUCCAGCUAUAGCAUCAUCAUUGAGGGAGUACCUGCUGCACUGUACAUUACACUGUCUCAAGCACUUAUUUCUGUCUCAUUUCCUUUAAAACCCAAUCAUAACAUGGGAACUCCAGUCUGAUCUCAGUGUUGAGAUUUUUCCUCUUGUUUUCAUCAGGCUUUUUUAAUGUGCAUCACAUUUGAGCCAACCAAAGUUUUGUUGGUGCAGUCACAAAAAAAAUUCACACUGAAUGUACAUCAAUAUUUGAAAAUACUUGUUCUGCUGGAGUGGUUGUGUUCUGGAUUCACAGUCUGGUCCCUUAUUGAUUGUAGGAAGAUUAUUGUCAGGGAACCAUGGGACAUACCUGUAAUAAUCUGUGCACUGAUGUGUGGGAGGAUGUGGUUGGUUCAUCAUGGCCCUGUUAGGCAUUGCAUCUUGUACAGAGUAAUGCUGUAGGUUACCUUACUGUCAAACUUUCACUCUUAUUUCAGUAUCUACCCUCACCAUCAUGCGCUGACAGCCUUCACAAAAUCUACCUUUUCUAAUCCCUCCCUUUUGAAGAAAUAUUUGCAUUUUUGUGCUUCCACAUCUAAUCUUUUUGUUUCUCGCACUAUCAAAUUAUUUUGCAUUGUACAUAAACAUGAUUGCUGUGAACAUUGUAUUAUAAAGUUGCACCCAUUUACAAAAUCUUAAAUGGGCAGUAGUUCAGUCAGUGUCUCUGAGUGUUGGAGUUAAGCGUCAAAUGUUUGUGUACACUAAACACAUUGUCAUAUAUUAAAUAAACAUGGAAAUUAUGCAACACAA